UGUCCCGCACCUCUCUGAGCUGAGAACCCUGACAUCAUGGAUGUUUUUCAGCUUUCCCACACUCUCGCAGCAGGACAGCUGAUGUUAUUUCAAACAGGAAACUGUCUGCAGAUAACAUUGCAACCAUUUAGCCUGAUUUGCUGAAUGCCUGACCGCCGCUGCAGCCGCUUUCUCCUCCAGUGUUGGACCGCGGGCCAGCCUCUGUAAACAGCAGCCAUGCGCCUUCUGUGCCCAGUGUCCUCUCCAGCCCGCGACGGUCAGGACGCCCCCUUCGCCUAGUGUGGCCGCCUCAGGAGUCAAUGACCUGCAAAUGCUCAUUAUGAAGCGGCAUCUGGCUUUCCUGGGCCCUCUAAUUGGCCUCGCCUUCCUGUCGCUGCUAAGGUCUGGAUAUCCUCAACAGACUGCCGAGGAAGCCUGCUCUGUGCAGAUUCUUGUCCCGGGCCUCAAAGGGGAUGCUGGAGAAAAGGGAGAGAAAGGUGCACCAGGACGGCCUGGAAGAGUUGGCCCUACGGGAGAAAAAGGAGAUGUGGGUGACAAAGGACAGAAAGGCAGUGUGGGUCGCCAUGGAAAAAUCGGUCCCAUUGGUUCGAAAGGUGAAAAAGGAGAUUCUGGUGACAUAGGACCCCCUGGUCCUAAUGGAGAACCAGGCAUACCGUGUGAGUGCAGCCAGCUAAGGAAGGCCAUUGGGGAGAUGGAUAACCAGGUCACCCAACUGACAACUGAGUUAAAAUUCAUAAAAAAUGCACUGCCCUCCCCCGCAGCUGUCGCUGGUGUGCGAGAGACAGAUAAUAAGAUCUAUCUGCUGGUGAAGGAAGAGAAAAGGUAUGUGGAUGCCCAGCUGUCCUGCCACACCAGAGGAGGGAUACUGAGUAUGCCCAAGGACGAGACCUCCAACAGCCUGAUUGCUUCGUACAUCACUCAAGCGGGCCUCACUCGAGUUUUCAUUGGGAUCAAUGACCUGGAAAAAGAGGGCAGUUUUGUUUAUUCAGACCGAUCCCCCAUGCAGACCUUCAACAAGUGGCGGAAUGGCGAGCCCAACAACGCUUACGACGAUGAGGACUGUGUGGAAAUGGUGGCCUCUGGGGGCUGGAAUGACGUGGCUUGCCACAUCACCAUGUAUUUCAUAUGUGAAUUUGACAAGGAAAAUGUGUGAGCAGGUGCCAGCGUGGAAUGGGAAGCCAGCUUGUUUGAAUCAUUGCCUUUUUUUUAAUAGCAAAAUUAACUGCACCAUCUCUGAGAAAAUGAUGGCAGCCAAUGAGCUGUGCAUCUGUAAAUAGGAGGGUAUUUCAAUAGCAUUGUUUCCCAUUCAGGAGUGAAGACAUGCAUUAAUGAAAGGGCCAUUUCUCCAAACAUUAGAGAAUGGCAUAUACUUAAAGUAUUUUGUGGGAUGCUUAUUUCUGAAGGAGUAGUUUUAUUACCUGUAUUGUAGCCAAAAAUGUUCAUUAUGUAAUUAUCAUUCAGAACUGCUCUUCCAUAAAGCUCUUGCCUUUGUCCAAACUAUAAAUAAAAUCUUGAACUAUUACAAUCGUUCAGUACAAAUAAUGGCAGUGGGGUCUUAAAUUACUACCGCCCAUUUAACUUCUGUAUGGAUAACAACCUACUUAACUUUGACCAGUGUUUCUGUAAGUUACAUUAAAAUAUAAGUUUCUUUUCACUCUUAUCCAAAUAAAAACAAUUUUGCUUUGCUGUAAA